AUCUGUGGUUGAGCUGUUAUUGGCUGCUCGGGUAACAGGUAUAGGUGGGGCUCGGUGUAGCUCACGGCCACUGGUGGAGCUGCUGGCAACUGGAGACGCUCAGACAGGUAACAGGCUGCUCACCUGUAGAGGAAGUGGAAGGUCACUUGUUGCUGGUCUGGGAGGAGAGCUGGAGGUAUCGGGAGGUACUUUUUCCCUGGAGGGAAUGAUGAACGUGAAUGGCAAUUUCGAUGGGACCCUGUUCCAAAAGCCCACGUCCCGCAAACCGCUGGGCAAACUGUGCCAGAGGCUGGAGGAGGUGAAGUGUCCCUGGAGGCAGAGCUCCGCGCUGGAGCUCAGUCACAGCGAGGCGGCCAGGUUGGCCACCGACGCGCUGCUGGAGUCCGGGGUCUCCGGUUACCGACGGGCGCUGACCGACGAGAGGGAGCUGGGUUUCCUGUCCCAGCUGGAGAUCGCCUACAUCAGCCGGAGCGGAGCGGCCAGGCUGCCGGGCCCCACGGCGGAGCUCCGCGAGAGGGGCAGCCGCCAGAGCCUCUGCGAGGGGGACGAGCUGUCCGAGCUGACCUCGGCCACCUACUUCCCCGCCCAGACCGACUCGGAGGCUCCGCUCCUCGACCUGGGCUGGGCCAAACCCCCGAGGGCCGUCUGCCUGCCCUCCGAGUCCCAGAUCAUCUUCCAGAGAGACAGGAGCCACAGCAUCAAAGACACCAUCCGGAGCCUACUGAACGAAGCCAGAACGCUCAUUGCGAUUGUGAUGGAUUUGUUCACUGAUGUCGAUAUACUCUGUGAUCUGCUGGAAGCUUCUAAUAAACGAGGAGUCCCAGUCUACCUAUUGUUGGAUGAAAGUAACCUGGAGCAUUUUAUAUCAAUGUGCGAUGAACUUGACAUCCAAAAGGAUCAUGUUAAUAACAUGCGGAUCCGGAGUGUGGUGGGAGAUACCUACUGUACAAAGUCGGGGAAGAAAUUUAAUGGUCAGGUCCUGGAAAAGUUUCUGAUAAUUGACCUGGAGCAAGUGGUGGCUGGUUCGUACAGCUUUACCUGGCUUUCUGGGCAGGUGCAUCUCAACUUUGUCAUGCUGUUGACGGGAGAGUUAACCCAAGAAUUUGAUGAUGAGUUUCGAUGCCUUUAUGCUGCGUCAAAACCAAUUGAUCGAUUCUCCUCCUCUGCAGAUGAAGACCUUUCUUAUUACACGUCCAAGCUCAGCAUUGCUCCAGAGCGCCAGAUCGUGAAGGAGAAGUUGGCAGAACCAGUCCAUUCCAACCCAUCGAGCAGUUGGUCUGGGAGCAGCCCUCUCAGUAGCAUUCAGGCAGCCACUCCCGCAGCUCAGGUAUUGUGGGAACGCAAACGUACCAGCCCGUGUGCCUCCAAUAAUCUGCCUGUCGUCAACAGGAAAAUCAAUGAGAAUGACAGAUCAGGCAAUGGCUGGGCCGGUGACCCACUGACGAGGGCAAGCGCAUUGGGUCCCAAGCCAAACUAUGUGCCAGGUCUCCAUUAUGUCCUCAAUACUCGCCUUGCAGACCAAGCAGCUGCUAACAUGCAGCAAGGUCUGGUCAUCCCGCCCAGAAACAAAAUGCCGAAAGAUGAUCUGGAUGAUGCAAGUACCAUCUCUCCAUCGUCACCUCCAGGCAGGGUCAAUCGUGGGGAAGUACUCUAUCAAACAGAGGCGUUUGACGACUACACCAAAGAUUUACAGAAACCUUUGAGGAAGUUUACAAGAGCAGGAAAUCGAAUGACACUCGGGCAUAGUAAGUUAGAAAUGAUGAUGGAAUAUAACGAUAAGAUGAGGGCCAGGAAUGCUUUCAGCCGCUUUCAGUUAGUGAAGCAUGAUUCUUAAGGGUGGCUUUACUAACUGCCAGUGAGUGCUUCAGACAGUGUCCAAUAGAGCCAUCCUCAGCAGCAUGAUCAACCUGUGAUCUAAUCACUAAAGCCACUGUGAAGAGCCAGCUUCUGACAUGGAGCAACUGCCUGAAGCCUGCAAAAGGUCUGCUUUGUGGAGGGAUUGUGUCCCUCAUAAAGCAUUGUACAACCUGCAUUGAGAUGACUCGGAACCCCGUGUACAGUGAAGAUGAUCUGAGAUGCUGGUGUUGAACCUUGGAUGGGAGGGUGGUAAGAGAGACUCAGAAACAAAGUACAUUGAAAACUACUUUUGAGAACUAUAUUAGUACCUGCUCAAUGGCAGUUGUAUCCUUCAGAAGAACAGAGGCAUCUUUCUUUAAAAUAAUCAUCUAUGCUUUCUGUUUGUCCAACGGAAGAAGAAUUGUUCAACUUUAUUUUUCCCUCUAAGUCUGCUUUUCAGUGUCAGCCACGGCUGAGCAGAGUUUGGACUGUCUGUAGGCAUCCUAACCAAGAAAUACAUUUUGUCGGCCUGCUUAAUGGCCUCAUUUAAAUAGGAAAUAUUGUUUUCCAUUAAGGGGACUUAAAAAUAAAAAAGCAAAAGCAAAAUGCCACCAUAUUAAAUGGGGCUAAUAUUUUCACAAGUCCUUUUUAUAAAUUGUUCUUGUGAAGUGGGAGAUGGCUCAAUACCUAUUGUAGAGAGAGUUUAGUACAUAAUCCAAGCUGGCACUCCCAGUACAGUACUGAGAAAGCUGUACUAUUGGAAGUUUGUUCUUUCAGAUAAGACAUUAAUCUAUAACUUUCCUCUUUGAUGGAUGUAAAAGAUCAAAGAUAUUAUUUUGAAAGAGCAAUGGAGGUAACCCCCAUCCUAAUGAAACUUUAUCACUAAACCUUUUGGACAUCUCUGGCGUUUUUGACAUUGUUGUUGGGAGUUUGCUAUGAGCAUAUUGGUUGCUCUACAUACAACAGUGACUCAAAAAGUUUAACUGAGGUCAUGAAAUGUGCAUAUACAAAUGCCAAGUCUUGUUUUUCUAACCUUUGUCAGCCUAACCUUGUACAUGGUGUCGUAUAUCUAAUCUCACAGAAACAUUGGUGAACGUUGAAAUCUCCCACAGUUUACAAUUACAAUAUAAUUUUGAUCUGAUUGUCAAGCUGUAACUUGAUGUUCAUUACAAGGCAUCCUAACCAGAGGAAAGCCCUCUUCUGAUAGUAGAGAACAUGAGUUUGGCAAGGUCGGAACCUCCAACUGAGAUUAAAUCUUAAUUUGUAACCAAAGAUGAUUUAAUGUAUUUAAGGAAAACUGCUGUCAAGAGAACCAGGAAAAAUAUUUUUACAGAAUGGGAUAAAUCUUCAGAAAUAGGAGCAGAAACAUGUCACAAGAUCCUUUGAAACUGUUCUACCACUCAUUAUGUGGUCAGUAUGUGCCUGUACUUCAAAUCUAUCUUCCUGCUCAGUCCCCAUUCUGAUCCAUUUUGGAUGCUCUCUCAGCACUAGGAGGAUUCACACUCAUUUGGAGUAGAGUAUUCCAAAGGUUUACAGCUCCCAGUAAAGAAAUAUCUCCUCAUUUCAGUCCAAACUGGUCUCUGCCCUCGACCUCUGUCCCAGCCAGACUGCGCUUAGUACAUUGUCUGAAGAGUAACUUGCAAUAAGAAAAUGAAAGGAAAAACAUAACAAGACUAUGGGAAAAGUAAGGGGGUGGGAUUAUUUGGAUAGCUACACCAAAGCUGGGCAUAGGCAAAAUGUUCAUCUUCUGUGCUGUGUCAUUGAUUCUAUGCAGACAAUUAAUUAAUGAUGGAGAUAGUUCAGAGACAGGGAGCACAUGAGUUAGAAAAUUACUCAAGUAAUUUUUUUGAUAAAGAAAAUUAGACUUGUAAAACGUGGGCAAAUAGUACAUGUUGAUAAAUGCAUUUCUUAAAUGUUUCUGCAGUGUGUAAUUGGAAAAUCCGUAUGACACAAUGGGAGAGUGCAAACUGAUCUGUGUGUUAAGUAUUUUUCUGAAGUCAUUCCAUUUUUAAUUCCAAUAAAUAUAAUUUGGUAAGCAGCUU